AUGGCGGACUUCAGAGGCGUACAAAUAUAUUCGUAUCCACGUGCGGGCGUUAAAGUAACUGAAGACAAUGUGUACUGGAAGCGACUUUCCCUGCCGGUGACCAUCAAGGACAUCGGAUCCAUCAACAACGUUGACAUUUCGCUCCAGGAGCCGCAUGCCUUCGCAAUCACAUGUUCGUCGAGGGUGCGCGUGUUCAACCCCGUCAGCCGCGAGAUCACAUGCCAGUUCUCCAAGUUCUCGAAGGCGGCUUGCGGCGGCAUAUUUCGCGCUGACGGCAGCCUCAUCGCCGCCGGUGGCGAGGACGGCGCCGUGAAGAUCUUCGACGUCAAGACGAGGUCUCUGCUGCGGCAGUUCACGGGCCACAAGGGUCCCACGCAGCGCGUCGCUUUCACCCGCGGCGGCACACAGCUGCUCAGUUUUUCGGAUGACUCUACCGUCGCCUUGUGGGACAUUCCGGGCCAGACCAGGCUGCUGUCCCUCGACGCGCACGAUGACUACGUGCGCUCCGGUUCCGUGUGCAAAGCCAACCCGGACAUAGUGCUCUCCGGUUCGUACGACCACACCGCCAAGGUGUUCGACCUGAGGACUGCCGACCCCGUCGUUACCGUAAACCACGGCUCCCCCGUCGAGUCGGUGCUCAUGUUUCCUACGGGGGGCAUCUUUCUCACGGCGGGGGGACCGCACAUAAGGGUGUGGGACGUGGUGGCCGGUCGAAUACUGGCCCAAGUGACGCAGCACCACAAGACCGUCACGUGCCUGAAGCUCGCCAGCAAUGGGCAGCGCUUGCUGUCCGGCUCGCUCGAUCGACACGUCAAGGUGUUCGACGUCGCCACGUACCAGGUGGUCCACACGCUCGACUACCCUUCUCCGAUACUCUCCCUGGACAUCUCGCCGCAGGACAAAGUCCUCGUUGUCGGCAUGACGUCGGGACUCAUCUCCGUACAGAGGCGGAAGAGCGAAAACGUGAAAGAAGUCGCACCCGCGAAGCGCAAGCGAUCGUCAUCUUACUUCCAGGAGACUCACAGCGACCCUGGCUUUGUGCCUCGCGAAGGUGAUGCCGUGGUUUCUGAGCGAACGGUGCAGAAAAUGGCCAAGUACAACACGUUCCUGAGAAAAUUCCAAGUCUCGAAAGCGCUCACCCAAGCCUUGCGGGACGCCAUGUUCACGAGGGAGCCGCAGAUCGCCGUCGCCGUGAUGCAGGAGCUGAUUCGAAGGCGAGCCCUGAAGUCUGCCCUUGCAGGCAGGUCGGGGAAGGACCUGGACGAACUCAUGCUGUUCGUAACGAAGUAUGUCAGCGACCCUCGCUUCUCUAGGAUCGUGUUAGACGUUGCCACACUGAUGGUUGAAGUGUAUUACCCAGCACCUCCACCAGAUGUCACGUGGUAGAGACGGUGAAGAGAG